GUUUAUAACAUGAAAUAGUGCUGGUAACAGUGGUGGCUUUCGUUGCCUUGCACAGAAUCUCGAUUGUUUUCCCAAACACACAUCUCGAGGCAGGGAGCCAAGCUAAAACAAAUGGAGCCCAUCCUACAGAAAAUUCUCGUCGUCGGGGGAAAUGGGUUCAUAGGCUCCCAUAUAUGCAAACUUGCCCUUGCACGCGGUAUGCAAGUGACGAGCAUCAGUUCGUCAGGAAGACCAUACCAAACACCAAGAGGCCAUACUCCUGCUUGGGCAUCUAGGGUCGAAUGGCAAAAAGCCGAUGCACUAAGACCAGAGACUUACGAGCAUAUACUGCCUGAGGUCCAUGCUGUAGUCCAUACUUUGGGUACCCUUCUGGAGGAUGUUCGUUACAAGGCAGCUAUGGCGAAUGGAGAUGUAUUAGGUCUCGUGAGGACUUUCUUAGACCAGUCCAUAGCAGGUUCAACGAAUCCUCUCGAACAAGGCAGUGAGCAAGGACAGUCAGGCAGUUACGAGGUACUGAAUCGUGAUUCUGCUCUGUGUGUUUGCGAAAGCUUCGUCUCGAGUACACCGACAGUUGAAACCACUGGUGCACGUCCAUUUGUGUACAUUUCCGCAGAAGAUAUAGAUAUAUUUCGACCUCUAAUUUCCGCUCGAUACAUUGAAACCAAACGCGAGGCAGAGCAGCGAAUAGACCAACUAAUGAUGGGAAAACCAGAUUACAAGAGUGUGCACAUAAGACCAAGUCUGGUUUACCAUGCACAUCUACGACCUCUGACAACACCAGCUGCUACUCUUAUCGACCUGUCUGCAACUUUGCAUGCGAACGUGCCGUCAGGUUUCCCAACGCCUUCAAACAUCCUGAGAUCACUAGGGUCUGCUUUCCCUUCGUCAUCAACGUCAUUCGGUUCUUCCUCACCUUUGGAUUCUAUGGCGAAUGCUUUGACCAUUCCACCAAUCCACGUCGAGCAUGUAGCUGAGGCUGUCUGCGUUGCUCUUGAUCCUUCUAAGGACGUGGAAGGUGUGGUAGGA